GAGCUGAGGAGUAGUAUGUUCACAGCGGCUGAUGAGCUUGGAAAAGUACUUGCUGCGCAUGUUACAUGCAACAUCAUAUAAGGCUUGGGUCUGUGGCAAUGGAGCCCUAAUAUUACGUGCCGAUGUCUUACCUUAUGUUUUCAGUAAUACAGUACUUCUUGUUGUCAGUCUUCUUGUCAUUCCGACAUCAAAGGUUGUGCUGACCGGGGAUUCUUUGCUAUCAGGCACCUGGAAGAAAAAUGUGGAGAUUUACGAAUUUAUUGGCUUUUCUACUGGUUGUGUGUGAAGAUGUCACUGCGCAGAGUAAGAUCUUCGGGGAGACCGAGCCGGUGCGGAUGACGUCAGAGGGCUCCGACUGUCGCUGUAAGUGCAUCAUGAGGCCGCUGAGCAAAGACGCGUGCCAGCGCCUGCGGAGCGGCAGCGCCCGCGUGGAGGACUUCUACACGGUGGAGACGGUCAGCUCCGGGUCGGACUGCAAGUGCUCCUGCACCGCCCCUCCCUCCUCCCUCAACCCCUGUGAGAACGAGUGGAAGAUGGAGAAGCUGAAGAAACAAGCGCCUGAGCUGCUCAAGUUGCAUUCCAUGGUGGACCUUCUGGAGGGGACGCUAUACAGUCUGGAUCUCAUGAAGGUCCACUCCUACAUGAAUAAGGUGGUUUCCCAGAUGAACACACUAGAAGAGACAAUCAAAACCAACCUGACACGGGACAAUGAGUUUGUCAAGGACAGUAUGGUGACUCUGACCAACCAGUUUAAGAAGUAUGAGAACUACUCCAACAUAAUGAUGAGCAUCAAGAAGGAGAUAUCCAGUCUGGGCCUGCAGUUACUUCAGAAAGACCAAACAGAGACCAAAGUUCAGGACACGGGUGAUGAGAAAACCAAGGACACCAUCAAAAAUCCCAACAAAAAGACCCCUGCAUCCAAGCCUCCUCCCAAACCCCCCAAGGAAAAGGUGGUAAAACCCAAGAAAGAGAGCACCAAACCGGGGAAGCCCGUCAAGCCUGACCCCACAGCCAAGGCCAGGGUAGCAGUGCACCAGCAGGGAGUAGUGAGGGGCAUCACCUACUACAAAGCAGCCAAGGUGGAUGGGGACAAGCACAGCACAGGCGCUAAAGAAAACGCCGCCAAGGCUCACGCUGUUCCCCAUGUCAAGGAGGCACACUCCGAGGACGAAGGCACCGAAAUCCUGGAAACCAUCGAGGGGACUACGGCUGAGUUGACCACACCCACGGAAAUGUCUCCCACCACCGUCACCGCAACGGUGGCAGCGACAACAUAUGCCAGGACCACGGCUCCAUCCACCACCACCACCACCACCAGUGGGCCCAGAGUGGAGAGGAUAGACAGACCGGCCCCAACCAUCAUGCUAUUUCUGGACAACUUAGACAACAACAGCCGGCCAAUCCUACACAGAGCAGGGAAAAUCCUGGACUGUGAAGGGACCCUUGCCUCCAUCGAACUCCCAGAGAAGCAGCACAGCUAUGGUCGAAAUGAAGGAGCCUGGAUGAAGGAUCCACUGGCCAAGGACUUCAAGAUCUAUGUCACCAACUAUUACUACGGCAACAACCUGGUAGAGUUCCGAAACCUGGAUAACUUUAAACAAGGUCGCUGGAGCAACCUCUUCAAACUGCCUUACAACUGGAUCGGCACCGGCCACGUGGUCUACAACGGAGCCUUUUACUACAACAGGGCUUUCACCAAGAACAUCAUCAAGUACGACCUGAGGAUGCGCUACGUGGCCGCCUGGACCCUGCUCCACGACGUGGUUUACGAGGACACCACGCCCUGGAAGUGGAGGGGCCACUCGGACAUCGACUUCGCCGUGGACGAGAGCGGCCUGUGGGUGAUCUACCCCUCGGUGGACUACGACUACGGGCAGCAGGAGGUGAUCGUCCUCAGCAGGCUGGACCCCGGGGACCUGUCCAUGAAGAAGGAGACCACCUGGAGGACCGGUCUGAAGAGGAACUCUUACGGGAACUGCUUCAUUAUCUGCGGGGUGCUGUACGCUGUGGAUGUCUACAACCAGAAGGAAGGGGAGGUGAACUACGCCUUCGACACCCUCACCAACUCAGAGGCUGUCCCGCGGCUGCCAUUCACCAACGAGUACGCCUUCACCACCCAGAUCGACUACAACCCCAAGGAGAAGGUCCUGUAUGCCUGGGACAACGGACACCAGCUGACCUAUAACAUACACUUUGUCGAGCAAUGAGCACAGUCACUUAGCGUUCAGGUGACGUGUAGGCGCAAAGAGAAAUCAGAAAUGAUGUCAGUAAUGGACAGUCCAAAAACACCAGGUUUGGAUUCAGCUGCCAUCGUUCCUCUUUCAGUGCACGCUAAUCAAGAAAUUUGACAGCUUACAUGGCGUUACAUGGCCCAGUGUGAACAGUGUGUGUAGGACUGGGACGAUGAACCGAAAUGAUUGACACCCACUGAUCACCCACCUACUGAUCACUCAUUAUAAGGUUUAUUUAAGAUAAGUAACCUAUACUAGAGAAAUGUCAAGUUAGAAACGAAUCAAGUUUGGUAAUAUGGCUGAUUGUUAAGGGGACAAUUGAUGGCUUAUCGUUUUUGCAUCAUUCAAGGCAAUUUAUCGCCAAACAGAUUUUUGUCCAAAUCCAAAGCUCUUGGGUGUUGGUAUAUUAUUCUAAAUCACACACUGUGCAUUAAUUCCACCCAUCUUAGUUGUAUGGCCAUUCAAAAUCCAUCCUCUCAUCUAGCACUUUGAUCAUCUGUCAUUGUCAUUUCAGUCCUAUUGAUGCUACCUGUUUUUGUCUAAAUGUCUAGAUGUUGCUGGUUGCUCUAGUGUAACUGUUUCAGCUGUUUAAUAUAGUGAGGAUGAGGGAAUUUUUAAAUAUAUAUGUAUAUAACUCACAAGAACAACAUACACAAGUUUUCAACUUACUAUUUUAUAUUCACUUGUAAUUUACCUGAAAUGUCUUUUUUAUCUACAUUGAUGUUGCUUUGCAUACAUUUUGUAUGAGCUCAUUAAUUUUUUUUUAACUGAGAGUGGCUGCUUGUAAUAUUUCCGCAUUCAUUACAUCUACAUCUGUCAAUCAUUUUGACAUAUUUACAAACAAACUGUUGCGGAGGUAAAUUAUGUAAAUACAUACAAAUGUACAGGACCGUCUUCUAAAGGAAAUUUAAUCCAUGAUUACCUCCAUGACAGUUUUAUCUUUAUAGGAAGUCAAAAAUGAUUAUAUCUGUAUGUAGUAUAUGAAAAUGUUUUAUAGGCAGUUAUGAAGACCACUAAUUCAAGUAAAAUAUUGCCUGAAUACAUUUUAAGCGUUUUACUAUAAUAUCUGAUUCACUUCAAAACAACCACUUUUAUGACUUAUGCUUAUUUUGUAUCUAUUUUUACGGUUUUCUUAAGUUUACACAAAUGUGCACGGCUAAUUACAGCACUGCAAUGUAUUGAUCAUUUUUUGGUGUUUGAUACCCAAUUUUUUUUCAGAAAGGCUUUUAAGUGGAAAACCAAUAUUGUAAAAUGGUAGCUGAUGUGCCAGAAAUUAUGAACAUUGCUUAAUGUAAGGAAGUCUCCACACACUCAGGAUCAAUGCAAAUUUCAUAUUUAAUAGUUGUGCUUUCGGUCAUCUGACCUACAUCUGUGCGGAGUGGAAAUCCUAAACUACACACAACCUGUGCUUUUAUCUGUGCUAUGGAAGAAAUAAAACCAA